GGCGGCGGAGGCGGUGCUGGUGUCUGUGUUAUGCCGGGGCUGUUGGAGAUGCUGGCGGGCAGCGAGCGGGGCCGCCUGGAAACGUCCGACUGCGAGUCACUGGGCAGCGCCUCCGGCUCGGAGGGAGAAGCUGAGUUUGCCGAGGGGGUCUCCCUGCCAGACCUGGACCUGCUGCACGACCCCGAGGAUGAGCUGCUGUGCGCCAACGUGAUGGAUGUGGUGCAGGCAACGCUGGGCAGAGCCCCCCUGGGUGCCAAGCGCUGCUCCCGGCUCCUCAUGCCCCCCCAGCUCCUGGCACAGGUGAGGACGGAGCUGCUGCGCCUGGCCUGCAGUGAGCCCUGUGGGCUGCGUGGGGCCCUCCUCGACCUCUGUGUGGAGCACGGCAAGGCCUGCUACGACGUGGGGCACAUCACUGUGGACCCUGCCGUAGUGCCCACCUUCCAGCUCACCCUGGUGCUUCGGCUGGAUUCCCGCCUCUGGCCCAAGAUCCAGGGACUCUUCACCUCAGGGCCGGUGUUCACACCGCUGAAGCUGAGCACGGGCUUCAGGGUCAUCAAGAAGAAGCUCUACAGCUCGGAGCAGCUGUUGAUCGAGGAGUGCUGAUGGGCCGGGCCGGAGAAGCGCUUGACCCAAGUGCUUUGGAAGAGGCAGUUAUAGCACGGCCGCUGCCAGCAGCCACUGUAGUUUAGAAUUAGGCUGGAGUAGGGCUGUAGGUGGAAGCAGUUUGGGCAGACGGAGGUCCCUGAGGGGCACCUCUCUGUGCUGGGGUGUCCCUGAUGCAGACUGGACUGGGACCCAGGCAGGUCGCUUCACACUGUUGACAAAUGUGGGAUGAUCGGCGGCGACUGCGCUCCUGGAUGCAGCAGCGGGGCUGCUGAUGGUCUCCUGUUGGCUGAUUAAUUGUGGAAUUUUUCGUAACAAGGAUUGUAAUCAAUGGGGUUUCUGGGGGGUGGGGGUGGGUAGGAAUGAGUGAGGGCUGGGUGGUAGGUCUGGAUCAAAGACAAACCCCACCUGGGCAGCUCUGUGCUGGCUCCCAGUGAGGCAAGAGGGGGGAUGAUUCAAAAUUGCAUCAUGUCUUUGAUCACAAGAGGAGAGAGUGGUGGGAGAGGGCAGGACCCCUCACUGGGACACGCUGUGGGCGCUUCAUUGGUUACAGUUUACACUCAUACACUUGAUGUUCAAGUACAAGACUUCCUAUGCAAUCAUGUCAGGGUGGUAUUUUUUACUUUUCUAAUAAAAGCUGUCUUAAUUGUGAUAA